CUGUUCCCCGACAUCCCGGCGCCGCUUCUUCCAACGGCGGCCCGGGAGGCGUCCCGCCGGCCGAAGCGCCGGCGCCAACCUUCACCCGCCGCCACUCCAAAAUCCCUGCCGCCGUCCACGGGGGCCGGCGCCGGAACGUCGGGGAACGGCGGGAGAACGGCACUGCGGCGGCGGGCGGUGGUGGGCGCGGCCCUGAUCGGGGUAUGGGCGGCGCUGAUCCUCGGCCAACUGGUCCAGAUCCAGGUUCUCGAUCACGAAACCAUGGUGCGGCGCGCCGCCAGUCAACAUCAUCACGAACUCACCAUUCCGCCGUUCCGCGGGAGGAUCUACGACCGCAACGGGAGGCCCCUGGCGCUCACCGUCGCGGUGGACUCGGUGUAUGUGGUCCCGCCCGACUAUUCAGCGGCGGCGAUCCCGGAAGCGGCGGGUCGUCUCGCAGCGUGCCUCGAGGUGCCGAGCGCCCUCGUCGAGCGACGACUGCGGCGCGCCUCCCGGUUCUCCUGGCUCAAGCGCAAGGCCACGGCGGUUCAGGUCGCGUGCGCCCGGGAAACCGGUUUACCGGUGGGAACCAUCGAGGAAUACGGCCGCUUCUAUCCCGGCGCCGAGCUCGCCGCCCACGUUCUGGGCUUCGUGGGGGCGGACAACGAUGGCCUGGGCGGCAUCGAGUUCGCCCUUGACGGGGUGCUGCUGGGCGAGCCCGGACGCCGCACCGUCUGGACCGACGGCCGGCGGACGGGCCGGGGAAGCCGCGUGGUGCGGGAGUCGCGCCCGGGGGCCGACAUCGAACUGACGAUCGAUUCCUACCUGCAGGCUGUUGCCGAGGAAGAACUCGAGCGAGCCGUUGCCGAGUUUUCGGCAACUUCGGGCGCCGUCAUUCUGGUUGAGCCCCAGACCGGCGAGGUGCUGGCGAUGGCCAGCGCUCCGUCCUUCGACCCGAACCAGGCAGAGGAGUAUCCCCCGGAGACGCUCGGCAAUCGGUCGAUCACCGAUCCGUACGAGCCCGGAUCGACCUUCAAGAUCUUCACCGCUGCCGCCGCUCUCGAGGAGGGAGUGACGGAUGAGGAAGAGCAGUUCGACACCUUUGGGGGCAGCUACCCCAUCGGCGGGCGGGUCGUCCGCGAUUGGCAACCGCUCGGGCCUUUGACCUUUGCCGGCGUGAUCCAGCGCUCCUCCAACAUCGGCACCCUUCAGGUUGCUUCGCGCCUCGGCUCCGAAACCCUCCACGCAUAUCUGGACGCCUUCGGAUUCGGAGAACCGACGGGGCUGCCGCUCGGCGCGGAGAGUCGCGGAAUCGUGCCGGCCAGGGGUGUGUGGCGACCGAUCCGGCUGGCGACCGUGUCCUUCGGCCAGGGGAUCGCGGUGACUCCCGUCCAGCUUGUCCAGGGCGUCAACACGAUCGCAACGGGCGGCGUCCUCCUGCCCCUCCGUCUGAUCCGCGAGAUCGGAGGGGAGGCGCAACCGCUCGUAACCGGCCACCGGGUCGUGAGCCCGAUGACGGCGGCCCGGGUGGGCCAGCUCCUGGUCGGGGUCGUCCAGAAUGGAACCGGCGGCGCCGCGGGGGUGGACGGCUUUUCCAUCGCCGGCAAGACGGGCACCGCUCAGAAGGCGGAGCGGGGAGGCUACUCGGCGACCGACUACACCGCCUCGUUCGCCGGCUUUGCGCCCGCUCGCGACCCCCUGUUCACCGGGGUGGUGAUCCUCGACGUCCAAAAGCCCAACCACAGCGGAGCGAACGCGGCGCAGGUGUUCGGAAGGAUCGCGGACCGCGUGCUCUGGCGGUAUCGGAAGACCGGAUGGGGGACCGAGCGUCUGGUCAGUUCCGGCCGGGGGUUUCGCCAGCUCGGGAGAGAUCGGACCGGCCGGGUGGCCCCCGCUUCCUGGCGCGACGAAACGCCGGCCGAUCGGAGCCUCGCGGCGCGUGACCUUCGCGCCCUUGUUGCCCGGCGGCUGCGCCGCGCCGGCGCCGCGGGACCGGGAACACCGGGAAGCACCCUGAGUGCGGGGACCGCCGCGCCGGCUGCGGGGCGUCUGCCGGCCGUGGCGGACGGCGUCCCAUCCCCGGCGCCGCCGGCCGGGUCCCUGAUCCCGGCCUCGCUGCCGGAUUUCCUCCCGGAGAGGGCGACCGAAUCCCCGGGCGGCCCGGAGGAUCCGGCGACCGGCGCGGAUCCGGCGGCGGUAGUCGAGUCCCCGCCGGAACCGUCCGUGGAAAACCGCCGGAGCCAUCCGCAAUGA